AUGAGCCCUGUGGAGAGUGUACCUGUUGCAGUAUUGCAUCAUGUGGAUGAAUAUGUUGAAUUGUUAUAUGAUGAUAUUCCUGAAAAAAUUAAAGGAUCGGCGUUAAUCUUACAACUCGCAAGAAAUCCUGAAAAUCUAGUGGAAUUAGCUAGGAAUGAAGCAUUGCUAAGUGCUCUAUCGAGAGUAUUAAGGGAAGAAUGGAAAAGAAGUAUUGAGUUGAGUACAAAUAUUGUCUACACCUUUUUUUGUUUCUCAACAUAUAUUGAAUUUCACUCAGUUAUUAUACAAUAUAAGAUUGGCUCGUUAUGUAUGGAUGUAGUUGAUUAUGAGCUAAAAAGGUAUGACCAAUGGAAAGAAAAAGUGGAGGGAAAGAAGACAGCACUCACACCUGAUAAGAAUGAACUACCAAAAAGUCGUAUACCAGAACCAAAGAGGCGUCCAAAGUCAGGAACAUGGGCAGUUGCUGAUGUUAACCUACAAAAGUCUCGGAUAUUAGUAUCAAGCUAUCAUGAAGAUCUUUGUAAUGCUACUGAUGAUGUCUUAUCGAAAAUUGAUGAGGAGCAGUUGAAAAGAAAACUUAAAGCACUGUCAAAGAGACAAGAACAAUUACUGCGUGUUGCUUUUUAUAUGCUUCUCAAUAUAGCUGAUAAUGUGAAGGUUGAAGAUAAAAUGCAUAAGAAAGAUAUUGUUGGCUUACUUAUUGGAGCCAUGGAACGGCAUUCAAAUAUAGACUUGUUGAUUCUGAUUGUUUCUUUCUUGCAAAAACUUUCGAUUUUUAUUGAGAAUAAAAAUUCAAUGGCCAAUAGGAGUAUUAUAGAUAAAUUAGCCCCACUUUUGGACUCGCCUAAUGCCGAUCUCGUCAAUGUCACAUUAAAGCUAUUAUUUAAUUUGACUUUUGAUACGAAAUUGCGAAAUAAAAUGAUUAAGUUGAACAUGUUGCCCAAGUUUAUUCAAUUUACAAGUGAUGAUAAACAGAUAACAUUGGCAAUGAAGAUAUUAUACCAUCUAAGUAUGGAUGACCGUGUUAAAGUCAUGUUUACUCAAUCGGAUUGUGUUAAACUGUUGACAGAUAUGUUGCUGUUAAACGUCAAUAGUGACACAAGCGCCGAUGGGCCUAGUAGCACUGACGUUCUAUUGGCGCUUUGUGUAAACCUUGCGUGGAACGAGCGCGCCGCUCAUCAAAUGACCUCCGAGGGAAGAUUGCGUGAGCUUCUAGCGAGAGCUUUUAGACAUCGAAAUGCGAUGCUCAUGAAACUUGUGAGGAAUCUGUCACAUCACGCAGUGAAUAAGCCUAUGUUUGUUGAAUUCGUAGGCGAUGUAUCUGGCGCUGUAACAAGUGGUGAGGCGCCUGAAGAUUUUGUUAUAGAAUGUUUGGGCACUCUUAGUAAUAUUCUUAACCCGAAUAAUAAUAUUGAUGUGUAUGCCGUGGUCGAAAGAUAUAACUUGAUUCCGUACAUCAUGAAGGUCCUAGAUCCAGGAGAACAAUGUGAGGCUGAGAUGGUAUUGGGCGGUGUCGUACUAGCAGGCGCUGUGUGCGCAGACGAACGGUGCGCGAGUGCUCUCGCUGCGGCAGGAGGAGGUCACGCGCUCGUGACCGCCUUACGACACCGACAGGCGGACGACGAGCACGUCCUUCAAACAGUAUUCGCGUUUCGUCAAAUGUUGUCUCAUCCUCGCGCAGCAGAAACCCUUGUUACUAGCACCGAAGCGCCAGCUUACCUAAUUGAUCUCAUGCAAGAUAAAAAUGUCGAAAUACGAAAAAUGUGCGAUUCCUGCCUCGAUAUUAUAUCGCAAAUGCAAAAUGAAUGGGCAGCAAGAAUUAAGGUGGAAAGAUUCCGUUGCCACAAUGGCCAAUGGCUUUCCGUAGUGGAGACGCUGGGAGCAGAGGGUGGGUCAGGAGAUGCGGCGGAUGAGUUACCGCCCUAUCUCUCUGCCGAAUAUCUAACCACUCAUCGCCUUACUACUUCGGAUUCUCAAGCAUCUCUGAACGAUGACACUGACAGCUUUUCUGGUGAAGAUUAUAACAGAGCAAAUAGCCGAAAUACUCAAGACGGCCAUUCUGACGACCUCGGUCUGUGUGAUUCGAUGUCUGGAAAAACAUUGGACGAUGACGCGCAGUUUUCGAAGAACACUAAUGUUUUUUCUUAA